CUUAUGUAUGUGCUGCAAGUACUGCAUAGCUCACGACUUCGCCUUCAGGCACUGCAUCGUGUAUUUGCAACAUUUAUUUGGAGUUCCAGUUGUGAAUCGAUGCAGCGCGACAAUCUGUUCCUCCCUCUUGAACGUGAUGGUCUAGGAUUAGUCCACCUCUUCAUCAGGCAAAUUGUUUCACGCCUGUUUUUUUUUCGAGACAAUGACCAUCCAUUUUUGCGUGAAAUGUUGCAACUACGUUUAGUUCAUUAUAUUCCUAAUAUAGUAGUGUCAUCAAAUGCCAAAGAUGUCCCACAGGCUCCUUGGGGCUUUCUUAAGGAGGUUGUCGACACAUUUCUUUUCUUGAAAGUUAGAUUAAGCCUGGAUUACGUGUUCACUGCGAGUCGAAAAGCAAUUUCUGCGGCACUGGUGGACUCUAUUUUCCCAGAUCCUUUGUAUCGUGCACCUUACUUAAGCCGACCUUAUCAGGAUGUACUUAAGCGCGUCCGAAAAAUGUGUGUGCCUCCUGGAGUAAAAACAUUUUUCUUUAAAUUACAUUCGGAAACACUCCCUGUUAAAACUUGGUUGAAUUCGAGGGGUUGCUUUGUGCCGUGGUCAACAAACUGUCGGCUCUGUCCCCGUGCCGAAACCAUAGAUCACUGCUUCAUAGACUGUAGGGACGCUGUAUUCUUUUGGGACAUUCUCCAACGGACGCUUAAAAAGGACAUUGACAUGACUCCAUAUACAAUUAGGUUUCUACCGUUUAAGGUUACGAGUGGUCCUCCCUAUGACAUGUUCAUAGUACUUGGUUUACAUAGCCUAUGGAGAAGUAGACUGUGUGACCGCCAUGCCGAAAGCCCGCGAUCUACAAAGUCCUUCUUUCGCGAAAGGGCUGCUUGUGUAAGAAGUGUCUACGCUGCGCAGGGACCUCCGCCAGACUGGAUGCACUUGUUGGAUGCAUGUGCGUGUUUGCCUGAGUUUUAA